UCUGGCGCGCCGAAGCCUGUGGCGUGCGUGUGUCUCUGCUUGGGUUCGUGCUUCUGGUUGUGUGGGAUGUGAUUGAUUCUCAUCCUCAUUCUUUUGAAACUCAAGUCACGUUGGCCGUUAAUCGGCGCAAUGCUGGACAUAUUUCGAGGCUUAAAAAGUUUUAUCAAAGUCAGCCACGUUCAGACGGACUCGGCUGUGUUUCGGAUCCACUACUCAGUGACAGUGCUAAUACUUACAGCGUUUUCGCUGGUGGUCACCACGAGACAGUAUGUGGGGAAUCCAAUCAACUGCAUACACUCCAAGGACAUACCAGAAGAUGUUGUGAACACAUUUUGCUGGAUUCACACAACGUACCAUGUGCCAUCUGCUCUCAAGUUGAAGAUGGCAACCAUGCCAGGAGGAGAUGGCGGCGAAGUGAUAUAUCCUGGCAUUGGAAGGCCUCAACGGCCUGGCGACAUAAGAUACAUUAAGUACUAUCAAUGGGUGUGUUUCUGCCUAUUUUUCCAAGCCAUCCUCUUCUACGUCCCGCGCUGGCUCUGGAAACACUGGGAAGGAGGCAAAAUCCAUUCACUUCUCAUGGAUAUGGACAUUGGCCUCGUCGCUGAAGUCGAGAAGAAGCAGAAGAAGAAGAUGUUGCUGGACUAUUUGCACAUGAACCUUUGCCACCAUAACUGGUGGUUCUACAAGUACUUCUUCUGCGAGCUGGUGGCGCUGGCAAAUGUCGUAGGCCAAAUCUUCCUGAUGGACCGCUUCUUUGACGGCGAGUUCAUGACGCUCGGUCUGGACGUGAUCGCCUACUCGGAGGAGGACCCGGAAGACCGCGUCGAUCCGCUGAUCAGGGUCUUCCCUCGCAUGACCAAGUGCAUUUUCCGCAAGUACGGGGCGUCCAGCAACAUCGAAGUGCUGGACGUUCUUUGCAUUUUGCCUCUGAACAUCGUCAACGAGAAGCUAUACCUCUUCUUGUGGUUCUGGUUCCUGAUCCUGGCGGGGCUGACGAUGCUGAACACCAUGAUGCGGCUGCUGCUGAUGAUCAGUCCGCGCCUGCGAGCGUUCUUCCUGCAGGUUCGGCUCCGGUUCGUCAGCAGGGACGCCAUCAGUGUCAUCAUUCGGCGCUCGCGCAUCGGCGACUGGUUCCUGCUCUACAUGCUCGGCCAGAACAUGGACCCGGUCAUAUUCAGCGAAGUCAUGUCCGACCUGGCCAGGCGGCUGGGCCACAAGGGCAAGGACUACUCGGAGGCCUGAGAGCACGACGGCCGUGGCGUCCAGGCUUGGAUUUGAGGGGCGUGCCAGGUGGCGGGCGGCCGCUCCCUGGGACUCUGGCUCACGGCCGUCCGCUCGACCGCCACGUCCUGACCCGGUACACAGCGUCGGGCCUCCCGCCGGCCCGCCUCCUGUGGACCAGACUGCCACCCGACCGUCUACCGCGUUUGAUUC